GGUCCAACUGAAAUAUAAUAAACUGAAAUUGCAUUUCUAGCUAUUAAAUAGAAGAUCGCAUAUGUUCAUUAAUCUCAAUCUCAAUUUCAACUAAAUAAAUCAUAAUAUCAUAUUUUGUGAAUUAAGCAUAUAUAGUUCUUCUGCCUGCAGAAAUCAAGCAGUAGUCUUCUUAUUCACUACUCUCUUCUGUUGCUUGCUUGCUGGCUUACCUAGUUAGUUAGCUUCAUUUCAUCUGCCUGCAGCCACAUAUACAUAUCACAUACCUACCUAAUUUUCUUCAACAUACGAUCUUGUAAAGAAAGAUGGAAUAUGGUGGCGGCCUAGUCGGAGACGGUGGUGUGUUUGGGAACAUGGUGGGAGGAGGAGGAGAAGCAACAGAUAUGAUUGAGGAGCUGUUGGUAGAUGGUUGUUGGAUUGAAGCAAGUGAGAAUAAUAUGAUGAGGAUGCAGUCGCAGACGCAGACACACUACAUGAGUACCAAUAAUAAUAAUAAUAAUAAUAAUAUUCCAAUUGGAAUGGGAGAGGGAGACCACUUUAAUAAUCAUCAUCAUAAUCAAAUUGAAUGCAAUGUUCCAACAGAUCAUGAUGAUGAUCAAGAAAGUGGUUUUGUUGUUGGGAAGAGAUGGUGGAUUGGCCCUAGGGCUAAUCCAGGUCCAUCAACUUCUGUCAAAGAGAGAUUAGUAGUAGCUGUUGGUUACUUAAAAGAGUACACAAAGAAUUCUUCAAACAACGUUCUCAUUCAGAUAUGGGUACCAGCUCUAAGGAGGAGAUCACCUCUUCUAAUUCACAAUCACUACUUGCACGAGUCUUCAUCAUCUGCUCCAGUUUCUGUUAAUCCAAACACGAAUGUUCAUGUUCGUUUCUUCAGAAGCCAUGAGUAUCCGCGGCAUCAGCAGCAGCAAUAUGGAUCUCUUUUUGCACUUCCCGUUUUUGAAAGAGGAAGCGGAACAUGCCUCGGUGUGAUUGAGUUUGUUAUCACCAACCAAACUGUUGUCAAUUACCGUCCACAACUUGAUCAUCUCUCCAAUGCUCUUGAGGCUGUUGAUUUUAGGAGUAGUCACAACAUCAAUAUUCCAUCGGCAGUAAAGGUAUUUGAGGAGUUGUACGAAGCUGCUGUGAACGAGAUCGUAGAGGUGUUGGCAUCGGUGUGCAAGACGCACAAUUUGCCAUUGGCACUAACAUGGGCUCCUUGCAUACAACAACAAGGAGGAGGAGUUAGAGGAAAAGGAACCGCCGGUCCAGCAGGAUGCGGUGUUUCAGUCGCAGUUCCAACCGAUCAAAUGAAUAAUAAUCAGAUGAUGAUGAAUUGUGUUUCCACCGUUGAUUCAGCUUGUUAUGUUGGUGACAUGGAGGUAUUGGGAUUCCAAGAAGUGUGCAGUGAGUAUCACCUUUUCAAUGGACAAGGAAUAGUAGGAACAGCCUUCACAACAACCAAACCUUGUUUUGCUAUUGACAUUACUGCCUUCAGCAAAGCCGAAUACCCACUUGCUCACCACGCUAACAUGUUUGGCUUACACGCCGCGGUUGCAAUUCCACUUAGGAGUGUCUACACCGGAUCCGCUGCUGAUUUUGUUUUGGAGUUUUUCCUUCCUAAAGAUUGUCGUGAUCCCGAACAACAGAAACACAUGCUCAACUCAUUAUCCCUAGUUGUUCAGCAAGCUUGUAGAAGCUUGCAUUUGCAUGUGGUCAUGGAUGAUACUGACAAUGCUAAUCAUCAUGAUCAUGACCAAGAUCAAUUCACCUUCCCAACAACAACAACAAAUAAUUACAUGCCUUCUUCUGCUUCUGAUGCUGCUACUGCAUCACUGUCACAAGUUGAUGCAACAUCAGGUUGCUCAACAAAAGACACAUCAUCAUCAUGUUCUUGGAUUGCACACAUGAUGGAGGCACAACACAAAGGAAAAGGUGUGUCGGUGUCUUUGGAAUAUCUUCAAGAGCCUAAAGAAGAGUUCAAAGUCACAACAUGCAACUGGGACAGAGAGAGGGAGGGCAAUUCUGUCUUUUCAGAAUUCGGCCAAGUUCUGCAGCAUGACCAGAGCAGUAAUUCAAGAGCAAGUGUUGAAGCUGGGGAAGAAUCUGGUGGAUGCGGUGUUGGUGGUGGUCGUCGGUCAUCUUCUUCUUCCAGUGGGAGAAAGUCAGGUGACAAGCGAAGAACCAAGGCGGAGAAGACUAUUAGCUUGCCGGUUCUGAGACAAUACUUUGCCGGAAGCCUAAAAGACGCCGCAAAGAGCAUCGGUGUAUGUCCUACCACUCUGAAAAGGAUAUGCAGACAGCAUGGGAUUACAAGAUGGCCUUCAAGGAAAAUAAAGAAAGUGGGACACUCUUUGAAGAAGCUUCAACUGGUGAUUGAUUCCGUUCAAGGCGCCGAGGGUGCGAUACAGAUUGGCUCUUUCUAUGCAAGCUUUCCAGAGUUGAGCACUGCAACUGCUAAUGGUGGUGGUGGUGGUGGUGGUGGUGGUGAUCAUAACAACGUUAACAACAGCUUCUAUAACAGCCAUGGAGAUGGGGUAGUUAAUGGUUUGAAAUCUCCACCCUCUGCUUGCAGUCAGACACAUGCAGCAGGAAACAAACUUAUCACCGCUAACAUCAUUAAUGGAGAUCAUCAUCAUCAUCAUCAUGUUAUGAUGACAGAAAACCCUGCAGCUCCUUUAGGAGCUGAUGCAUUAAUGAUGCAUGGAUCCAAUAUCAAUAUCCAAAAUUACCAGCAGCUGCAGGAGGAUCAGGAUACUAAACAAUUACUGCUACAUUUCAACAAUAACAAUCAAACCCUACCUCCAAGGCCAACUGCAGGAGCUUGGAACAACAACAAUAAUUCAUCAUCAUCAGGACUACUAGAAAGGGGUGCUUUCAGAGUGAAGGCGACAUUCGCGGAUGAAAAGAUUCGGUUUAGUUUGCAAGCAAUGUGGGGUUUUAGAGAUUUGCAGCUUGAGAUUGCAAGGCGUUUCAACCUAAAUGAUAUGAAUAAUUUGGUUCUAAAGUAUUUGGAUGAUGAAGGUGAAUGGGUUGUAUUAUCAUGUGAUGCUGAUCUUGAAGAAUGUAAAGACUUGCACACAUCUUCUCACACACGUACCAUUAGACUCUCACUAUUUCAAGCUUCACCUCUCAAUCUACCAAACAACUUCGUCCGCAACAGUAGCAGCAGUCCAUCCUCCUAGCUAGCUAGUUAACAAACUUCUGAUCAAUCUGAAUGUGUUGUAUCUGUAUAUUGUAUAGCAGCAUCCCUUUUCCAAGAACACUUCAUAUACCUUUACUGCUUUUUAUUUAAUUACUCGUUAAGUUAGACUCCUCCGCGGCUUUAAUUAUUUUGUUAAAUUACAUAUAUCAUGUUGUUCAAUUAGAGUUUUAGUUUAUAAAAGAUCAGAACUGUUAUUUC